CACAACAAAAAAAAAACCCAGCCAUUUCCCCCCUCGGUUCACGCUCCUCUUGGCCGCCUCCCACCUAGGGUUAGCUCAGCCGCCGCCGCGUCCAACCCCGCCGCCGGCCAGCCCGUCCGCCCCGAGCGCGCCCCGCCCCCCCUCCCCCACCCCAUUGUCCUCUCCGUCCCUCCCGUCCGUCGGUCCGCUCCGAAUCAUCCGCCGCCGGCUGCAUCAACCCCGUCCUGCCGGCCGACGGCUCCCUCCGACGACAUACUCGCCAAGGAGCCGACGACGAGCAGCUCCUCCUUAGCUCGUCAAUCACCUCGGCUAGGAGCUCCGGUCGACCUGCAUCUUGGACGGACAGGCAGCACCUCCGAACAGUAGUUCCAUCACCACACAACCACCAUGGAGGGGCAGCAGCAGGGGCAACAGCAGGGCCAGCAGCAGGGGCAACAGGAAGGCCAGCAGCUGGAGGGGCAACAGGAGGGCCAGCAGCAGGAGUGGCGCCAACAAUGGGAAGAGUGGUGGUUGCUGUGGCAGGGGCAUUGGCAAGUGCAGUGGCUGGAGUGGCAGAGUCAAUGGCAAGAGUGGUGGCAGCAGUUGCAGCUGCCGUUGCAGCAGCAGUGGGAGAACUGGCUGUUGCACUGGCAUCAACACUUUGAGCAGUGGCAGAACCUGUGGUACGAGCAAUGGCAGCAAUGGGAGCAGCGGUGCCAGGCGCAACAACAUCAACAAUGGUGGGAGUGGCCGCAGGACCAGUGGCAACAACAAUUGCAGCACGAAUGGCAACAGUGGCAGCAGCAUGGGGAAUGGCAGUGGCGGCUGUGGCUACAACAGGUUCAGUGGCAGCAGCAGGAGGUGCAGGGGCAGGGGCAGCAGCAACAGGGGCAGGGGCAGCAGCAACAGGGGCAGGGGCAGGAGCCGUGGGAGCUACGUCUGCAGUUUCAACAAUGGCAGCCUCAUUGGCGGCAGCAGUGGCACAUGUGGCAUCAAGACUGGCAGCAGCAGUGGCGUCAAUGGCAACAGGGCCAACAGCAAUGGCGGGAGCAGCGACAAUGGCAGUGGCGGCAGUGGCAGAAGGAUGAGCGGUGGCAGGAGCAGGAGCGGUGGCUGCGCCACCGGCUAACCAUCAAUAUGCAUUUGAUACCUGUGUCCUAUGCUUUGAGUUUCAAGCCACUCACCACUUCUCUUGUAUUCGAAGACAAAGAGGGCGCUAAAAUCCCUAUGCUCGAGAAUACAACCUUCGGCAAUUUAGUUGCCGACGGCUUUGUUAAUGAGAUAAUUGCGGCACAUCGUCGGAACCUGAGCUGGGCUGGUGAUUUCUGCGAGGAUGAUUUAUUUGUAUCUGAGGGCGAGCAUUUUGUUACCAUUGCUAAAGAACCAACGAAGUCAGCAACAGAUGAUAACCAGUUUCUGGAUUUAAUUCAGAUAACAAAUUGGUUUGCUGAUAAGUAUACUGAGAAUCAAAUGGUGCCGUCUUAUUUUGAAGAGUUUGUUGACAGAGUAUAUAAAAUACCAAGUUGGCAAAAUCAAUGUGAUCGAUCAGCAAGCUUAUGGGUGCUUAGUAACCACCCUUUCUUUAUGGGAGAAGAAAAAUGGAGGUUAUUUGUAGAGGAAUACUAUAAAUGGUACACUCAAGUUAAUGUGGUAUCGCGGGAUGAGAUUCUUAAGAAAGCUAAUUGUGAUAUAUGUCUGAAUUGGCAUUUGGCUACAGUGCGCGAUAACAGUCUUCUGCAAAUGGUGUACUGGAAUGGAAGAGAGAACUUGUGUCCAUCAUCUUACUUUACUAAAGGCUGCAAAGUUCCUCGGCGGACGGCUAGCGAUGCUGAAAUAUUCCGGUUCACCCAAGAAGAUGGGUAUUUAGCAGUUUUCCAGCGGACGUUUUAUGUUCACGGGCUACAUAUUCUUGGGGUGCAUUGAAACUUCAUUACAAUUGUGGAAUCCUAGUGCUUAUCCUGACAUGUGUUUGUUUUCUGCAGGCUCGUUGGUCAUUGAGAGAACUGGCACUUUAUAUUGCAUAUAUUUUCAAACAUUUUCUGCCACGUUUUAUUGAAAGGAUUUACGCCAACUCUCAUGAACAUCAUCUCGGAGGUCUGCUUCCCGGAGGCAUAUUCGAGGAAAACUGUACGAAGUGGCAGCCUAAUUUGAGCUAAUGAUAUCCAAGCACCAAAAGACUAGUAUGGUAGCAGCGAUGAUGCUAAGGAUGAAUGGAGACUUACUGCUGUUUACUGAAAAAGGCUUUCACCCCGCUUUAUAUAUAAAGCAACGAUCAUCGACUUGCUGCUGUUUGAACAAUGCUUCCAGUCUCAGUUGGACGCUCAUUGCUGUUUGCCAUCCGUCAGCUGCCGGUAUCAGGUGGACUGAAGUUCGACGGUAAAUGACAGUUCAAAGAUGAUGGCUGGACUUCCUUUUCGCAAUAGAGGAUCGUGAUAUGGUGGUUGAGCCUAUGUCAGCCACUGGUUCCACUCAGCCGAGAAGGCCAGGCAUAAGGUCUUCACCUUCAGCAUCCAGUAAGAGUGUUACGGCUUGCAAUUUAGGUUCUAGUUCCAGAUCAGCUGCCCUGCCACCACUAGCACCACAAGCAGACAGGGCUGCAAACCCUUAACGGUUCGAUGCACGGACUAUACAUUUCUCCGUAAAUGCCUGUGUACUGGUUGUUGCUGGUCUCUGGGGACGCUUCCAAUCUUGUCAAAACAUCUUGCAGACAGAGCUUGCAAGCUUUUGUUGCUGGGAACAGUCCUCUCGUCAGGAUAUAUUCUUCAUACAGUACUUACUAUGGGGUGCCAGCGCAACAUCAUUCCGACAUUCAGACAUUACGGCUUCCUCCCACACAUCAAACACUGUCUCUGCCAAUGUAACCAUGCGUGCGUCCCUUGCUUCCUGGAGUAUUACUGCUGUCUACGGGCCUCAGUCCGAUGCGGAUAAAUUUGCCUCCAUCCAAGAGAUCAAACAACUAAAGGCCUCCAUGCUGCCUUCUUUGGCUGCUGCUGGGGGACUUCAAUAUCAUGUAAAGCUGAGGACUAAAGCAAUGCUAGUAUCAACAGGAGCUGCUUAACAAUUUCUGGGCAGUUCUCAGCGCAAUUGAGGUCUCUGAACUCCACACGGUCGAUGGUUUACUUGGGUCAGCACCUGUCAGUCGCAAACAAGGACGAAGAUUGAUCACGUUUUCUGCCCCGCUGACUGGAAUCUUAUGUUCCCACAAUGUCACUUGAGAGGCAUCUCCUCCUCUGGCUCCGAUCACUGUGCCAUGGUGCUCUCUGGCCCAUUGCUGCAUGGUGAUGCCAUGUGGAUGCUCCACCAGAAACUUGUUCGUCUGGGCAAAGCUUUGUGGGUAUGGAGCAGAACAAAGGUGGGCAACAUUGCUCUGUUCACUGCGGUGUCCGAGCAGCUUAUCCUGGGCCUGGACUAUGCCCAAGAUCACUGUGACCUCACUAUUGCAGAAUUAAGUCUGAGGAUCUUCCUUCAGAACAAGUUGUUGGACCUUGCUGCAAUUCACAGGGUCAGGAUCAGGCAGUGUUCUUGGCUGCUAUGGGUGCGCCCUGGAGAGGUCAACGCAAAACUUUUCCACAUCAAGGCCAAUGGUCGCCGAUGACGUAAUUUCAUAAUCGCCCAAGGUCAUUUCACUUUGCAGAAAGACAAGCAAGCUGAGCUUCUUCGACAACUGCAAGAGAUAUGGAUGUCACAAGGCAAAUUCUAUGUGCUUUUGGUGAUGCUAGUGGUCUUCAGGCCAAUCAGGCCAAGAGUGGAAUCCUAUCAUAUCCUCUAUCUUGUCAUCCCCACUAUUUAUUUAUCUUAGCAUUCAUAAUGACAUGCCAUCAUUUUAUUCCUUUUAAUUUUUAAGCGAUUCUUUUGUUGUCC